CGCGCAGCUGUCAUGGCCGCUGCUUCAGCUCCCGGCCGCUAGGAGGAACAGGGAGGGUUCCUUGUGUUUGGUCGGAGAGUGUGGAGAAGGAAGAGAUACACAUCCCAACACAAGAAGACUGGUCCGAACCGAAGCCACGACUGGCAGAAGAGGAGCCGUUUUAGUUUGACUUUUAUUUUGACUUUCUUUUCAUGGGGACGAGAAAUGACAUCUUCGACGGGCGAAAGGAGGGCGUUUGCUCAUAAAAUCAACCGGACGAUUGCUGCAGAUAUCCGAAAACAAGUGACAAGAGACUAUGGCUCACCUCAGCUCAACAAGAAACGAGGAGGUGCACACCACCCCUUGCCCCUGACGGAGGUGGUUGACCCUGUGGACUUCGAGGAGUAUUUGAGCAGUCACCCUCCUGGGGUGGAGCUCGGCCCCCUCAGACAGCUUGUGGAGUUCCCCCAGGAUGACCUUGAGCUCCUCCAGCAGGAGAAAGAGUGCACUACGUUGGAGCCCCCUCUGCCUGAGGAGGACUCCCUGGAUCCCAGAGUGAGAGAUGCCUUGGCAGUCUACACAGAUGACUGGCUUGUCAUUCAGAGAAAAUAUCAGCACUACAGCACCACGUACACACCUCAAAACUCUGAGCGACAGAGAGAGAGGCAGCGAGGGCUGGUCAAACAGACCUUUGAACUGGAUGAGGCUGCUGCUUCUGAGCGUCAGGAUGACCAGGAUGACUCAAAGAGGCGGUCAGUUAGCCUGGAUGAGACUCCUCGGGGGAGCUGGGCCUCCAGCAUCUUUGAUCUGAAGAACUCCUCCCCAGAUGUGCUGCUCCCGUCUGUGCUGGAGCGAACAGCAGCAGAGGACAUGGACCGUCUCAACACUGAGGCACGCUCACAGGGACGCCACGGUGACCUGCUCGGCUUGUUUCCUCCCCCUGACGAGGAUGAAGCAGUAGAGAGAUGCGCUGUGCCUGAAGUGCCCAAAGAACAUUGCGGUCAGAGGAUUAUGGUCAAGUGUCUGUUUUUGAAGUUUGAAAUAGAAAUUGAGCCAAUAUUUGGAUCACUUGCUCUUUAUGACAUCAGGGAAAAGAAAAAGAUCUCUGAGAAUUUUUACUUUGACCUGAACUCAGACCAGAUGAAGGGAUUGCUGAAACCUCAUACACCUCACAUAGCUAUAUCCACACUGGCUCGCUCGGCUAUCUUUUCUAUCACAUACCCUUCUCCUGAUAUAUUCUUGGUCAUUAAGCUUGAAAAAGUCCUUCAGCAAGGAGAUAUUGGUGAAUGCUGUGAACCCUACAUGGUGAUGAAAGAAUCUGAUUCCUCUAAGCAUAAGGAAAAGCUGGAGAAGCUGCGUCUUCAGGCAGAACAGUCUUGUACUCGUCUUGGUCGUUUUCGCAUGCCUUUUGCUUGGACAGCCAUCCAUCUCCUAAACAUCGUCAGCAGCGCGGGAAGUCUCGAUCGGUCAGACCCAGACUCCGAUUCUGAACGAAAGGGUCUUGGAACCUGGAAUGAGAGAAAGAAGAAGGGGUUUGAGAGGAUAAGUGUCGGGGAUGAGAUGUGUAACUUUGCUACUUUCCGCCCAGCAACACUUACUGUCACCAACUUUUUCAAACAGGAGGGUGAUAGGCUGAGUGACGACGACCUCUACAAGUUUUUGGCAGAUAUGCGCAGGCCGUCCUCUGUCCUGCGACGACUGAGACCUGUCACUGCUCAGCUGAAGAUCGACAUAUCUCCAGCUCCAGACUUGCCGCAUUAUUGUCUGUCACCGGAACUGCUGCACGUGAAGCCUUAUCCAGACCUGCGUGUUCGGCCCACCAAAGAGGUGCUGGAGUUCCCCGCUCGCAAUGUAUACACACCGUACAUCACCUAUAGGAACCUUCUCUAUGUUUACCCACAAAGUCUGAACUUCAGCAGUCGUCCAGGGUCAGCGAGAAACAUCGCUGUGAAAGUUCAGUUUAUGGCUGGAGAAGACCCCAGCCAAGCUUUACCGGUUUUCUUUGGCAAAUCCAGCUGUGCUGAAUUUAUGAAAGAGGCGUACACUCCCAUCAUCUACCACAACAAGUCCCCUGAGUUCUAUGAGGAGAUGAAGAUGAAGAUUCCUGCCAAUCUCACAGACAACCAUCAUCUUCUGUUCACCUUCUACCACAUCAGCUGCCAGCCCAAACAGAACACUCCUCUGGAGACCCCCGUGGGCUACACUUGGAUACCGUUGAUGCAACACGGCCGACUACGCACCGGCUCCUUCAGUCUUCCCGUGUCUGUGGAAAAGCCUCCGCCUAGCUACUCUGUGCUCACUCCUGACGUUCAGCUUCCAGGCAUGAAGUGGGUGGAUAAUCACAAAGGAGUGUUCAAUGUCGAGGUGAUGGCAACCUCCUCUGUUCACACUCAGGAUCCCCACCUGGAUAAGUUUUUUACUCUGGUCUACGUUCUUGAGGAGUACUCCUUCCCUUUCCGCCUUAAGGAUGUAAUUAUAACUGAGGCCAACAUGGAGGCGGAGCUUAAGGCCAGCAUGGCAGCUCUGAGAGGUGCUCAGCUGGAUACCUGCGUCAGGUUCUUACAUCAGCUGCUCAACAAACUCAUCCAGCUCAUCGUGUACCCUCCAGUCAUUGCAGGCCAAAUUGUGAAUCUGGGCCGAGCCGCUUUUGAAGCCAUGGCUCUGCUGGUCAACCAGAUCCAUAAAAACCUGGAAGGAAACCAAGAUCAGCAUGGCCGCAACAACCUGCUGGCAUCUUAUGUUCAUUACGUCUUCCGUCUGCCCACUGCUGAACCGGCAUUGCCCUCAACAGCAGGCCUCCAGGCCUAUGAGAUGCCUAUGCAGUAUGCUACCUUGUCCAGGGUAACAGCCCGCCCAAGCAGUCUUCAGCUGUCACGUUCAAAAAGUAUUAGCAAUUCCAAUCCUGACCUGGCUAGCACACCAGUUUCCCCGGACGAAGAAGUCCAAAGGAUCAUAGGAAGCAAAGGUAUUGACCGUUCCCACUCCUGGGUAAACUCUGCUUAUGCCCCUGGGGGGUCCAGAUCUGUGCUACGCCGGAACCCCAACUCCAGCUGUGAGCUCAAGCAGGCAAGCGACCAGAGCAGCAAUCGCAUGUCUGCCUUUUUGGACAGCGUGGCCUUGUUAACUGUUCCCACAAGGCAGAUUAUAAAGAAGUUGCUCCACGAGGAGCUGGCAUUACAGUGGGUGGUCAGUACCAGCACCGUGAGGGAAGCAGCUCUGCAGCAGGCCUGGUUUUUCUUCCAGCUAAUGACUAAAAGCAUGGCUCAUCACUUAUUCCUGACCUCCAAACUGGACGUCCCCAGGCGUCAGCGUUUCCCAGAUCGCUUUGUUGAUGACAUUGCUGCACUUGUGUGUGCCAUCAGUGCAGACAUCGCCAGUCGAUACCACAAGGAUGUGGAGCUUGUGGAGAGGUUAAAUAGCAGUCUGGCCUUCUUCCUGAAUGAUUUGCUGUCUCUCAUGGACCGGGGCUUUGUCUUCAACCUCAUUCGCACCUACUACAAACAGAUUGCUAACAAGCUCCAUACAGCACAGAAUCCCAGCUCUCUGAAUGCCCUGAGGAUGGACUUUAUUCGUAUUGUCUGCAGCCAUGAGCAUUACGUUAUCCUCAACUUACCCUGCUCUACUCUGAGCCCUCCAGCGUCCCCCUCCCCAUCCACCUCGUCCACAACGUCACAGAGUUCAGCAUUUUCAAGUAUGGUGCAAGACCAGGGUGUGGCCACCAUGUUUGAACUCUCCGUCCCGUUUCGCCAGCAGCACUUCCUGUCUGGCCUGCUGCUCAGUGAGCUCUCUCUCAUUCUUGACCCUGAAGGCGAAGGGGUUUUCUUCCUCCAUAAAAAGGCUAUCAGUGCUGUUCACUCCCUGCUGUGCAGCCAUGAUGCAGACCCUCGCUACAAGGACUCUCAGGUCAGAGCCCACCUUGCUAAGCUCUACCUGCCGCUCGUCCCCAUCGUCAUGGAGACACUGCAUCAGCUCCACGACUUCUGUGACUCUUCCGCUCGUGUCCGCCUUGCUUCUACCAUCGCUGAAGAUAUUGACCCAGACAGUGGCAACAUUAUUAGUCAGUCUGUUGCUAUGGCAAUUGCCGGCUCUCCUUUGCCGCAUGCCAAAGCAAACCCAUUUGCACUCCCCUCUGUGGCUCCUCGCCAGUCCAGCUCUCUGUCUGCUGAGUGCAGCAGAACCCUGCUGGUGUGUUUCCUGUGGGUGCUGAAGAAUGCAGAUGCAGCUCUCCUGGAGCGCUGGGUUUCUGAUUUGUCUGUACUGCAAAUCAACCGUUUGCUGGAUCUGUUUCAUCUCUCCGUCUCCUGCUUUGAAUACAAGGGGAAGAAGACUCUGGAGAGAAUCAACAGCCUGACAUUUAAAAAGUCUCAAGACAUGAAGGCCCGGCUGGAGGAAGCUAUCCUGGGUACAAUAGGAGCCCGCCAGGAGAUGGUUCGCCGCUGUAGAGAAAGAAGUCCUUAUGGCAGCCAGGAGAAUGUCAGGUGGAGAAAGAACGUCACUCACUGGAAACAAAAUACAGACAAAGUUGACAAGAGUAAGGCUGAGAUGGAGCAGGAGUCCGUGGUGGAUGGAAAUCUGGCUACUGAGGCCUCUCUGAUCAUCCUGGACACAUUGGAAAUUAUCGUAAAGACUGUGGUUGCAUCUGAGCUGAAAGAAAGCGUUUUAGGCGGGGUUCUGCGAGUUCUUCUCCACAGCAUGGCAGGCAACCAGAGCGCCCUCUUUCUGCAGCACUGCUUCACUACACAGAGGGCUCUUGUUUUUAAGUUCCCAGAGAUGCUCUUUGAGGAGGACACGGAGCUUUGUGCAGAUUUGUGCCUGCGUCUCCUCCGUCACUGCAGCAGCAGUGUUGGUCCAGUCAGAAGUCAUGCAUCGGCAUCUUUGUACCUGCUCAUGAGGCAGAACUUUGAGAUUGGAAAUAACUUUGCCCGAGUAAAGAUGCAGGUCACCAUGUCUCUGUCCUCGCUGGUGGGAAUGUCACAGAACUUCAACGAAGAGCAUCUUCGUCGAUCAUUAAAGACAAUUUUAACGUACGCUGAAGAAGACCUCGAGCUGCGAGACACACCGUUCCCAGAGCAGGUCCAGGAUCUGGUCUUCAACUUGCACAUGAUUCUGACUGACACUGUAAAGAUGAAAGAGCAUCAGCAGGAUCCGGAAAUGCUCAUCGACUUAAUGUACAGGAUUGCCAAAGGCUACCAGAACUCUCCUGACCUUCGUCUGACGUGGCUUCAGAACAUGGCAGGGAAACACUCUGAGAGAGGGAACCACGCCGAGGCGGCCCACUGUCUCGUUCACAGUGCAGCGCUGGUGGCAGAAUACCUCAACAUGCUGGAGGAUUGCCGCUACCUGCCGAUUGGCUGUGUCACAUUUCAGAAUAUUUCAUCUAAUAUAUUAGAGGAGUCAGCAGUAUCGGAUGACAUCUUGUCUCCUGAGGAGGAAGGCAUUUGUGCCGGGAAGUAUUUCAGUGAGUCUGGUCUGGUGGGCCUCCUGGAGCAAGCAGCUUCCUCCUUUAACAUGGCGGCGAUGUAUGAGGCUAUAAAUGAAGUCUACAAGAUCCUGACGCCCAUCCAUGAAGCCAACAGGGACUUUAAGAAGUUGUCAACUGUCCACGGAAAGCUGCAAGAUGCUUUCAACAAAGUCUACAGCCAAAGUUCAGGAUGGGAGAGAAUGUUUGGGACCUACUUCCGUGUUGGUUUUUAUGGGUGCCAGUUUGGAGACUUGGACGAGCAAGAGUUUGUCUACAAGGAGCCUUCAAUCACCAAAUUAGCUGAAAUCUCCCACAGGCUUGAGGAGUUCUACUCAGUCAAGUUUGGUGAUGAUGUAGUGGAAAUUAUCAAGGACUCCAACCCAGUGGAUAAAAGCAAACUGGAUCCUAAUAAGGCCUACCUCCAGAUCACUUAUGUUGAGCCUUUCUUCGACACGUACGAGCUAAAAGAAAGAAUCACCUACUUUGAUAAGAACUACAACCUGCGCACCUUCAUGUACUGCACUCCCUUCACUCUGGACGGCCGGGCCCACGGGGACCUGCAUGAGCAGUACAAACGCAAAACCAUCCUGACAACAUCUCAUGCCUUCCCGUACAUAAAGACCCGCAUCAAUGUCAUCCACAAGGAGGAGAUUAUUCUUGUCCCCAUGGAGGUGGCAAUUGAAGACAUGCAGAAGAAGACUCAGGAGCUUGCUUUUGCCACAACUCAAGAUCCUGCAGACCCUAAGAUGCUUCAGAUGGUGCUGCAGGGCUGUGUGGGCACUACUGUCAACCAGGGUCCCCUUGAGGUGGCGCAGGUCUUUCUCUCUGAGAUUCCUGAUAAUCCAAAGCUGUUCCGCCAUCACAACAAACUGCGCCUGUGCUUUAAAGACUUCACCAAGAGGUGUGAGGACGCCCUGCGGAAGAACAAAGCCCUGAUUGGACCAGACCAAAAGGAAUACCACAGAGAGCUGGAGAGGAACUACAAUAAGCUGAAAGAAGCUCUGGGUCCUCUCAUCAACCACAAGAUCCCCCAGCUGUACAGAACCCUGCCAGCUCCGACCACACAAACACAACGAAACUCCUACACCAGGUCGAGCCCCCGCUGAGGUGCAGAAAACUGGAAAACACAGGACAAGCUGUGGAAAUGAUCACAUCUCAUCCAUGUUCGCUGCCCCUCCCCCUCCACGGCACACCAGCUGUCUCUCACACUCGCACCAUCCUCUUCCUCGUUAUUUUACCCCUGCCCAGCCUCUCAGUCAAGCCUGAAUCCCGCCCAGUACCACCACUACCGCCACCACACACACUGCUAGUUGUCCAUCUCCCCCAUCACCACCAGUCUCACACCUCUGUUAGAAAAAAAAACAAUCUCAGCUGUUUAUACUGGGAGGUUAUCUGCUCUGUAAACAUUGUCAUUUGGCGUCAGGCCCUUCAGAUGCCAGAAAGCUUUCCAAAGUAAUCCACUCA